AUGUCGAUUUAUAGCCAGGCAAAUUUUAACUCUCAAAAUUAUCAGCUGAAUCGGCCAACCUAUCCGGAGAGCUUGUAUGAGGCCGUGAUAAAUUUUCAUGGGACGGCGUCAAGGGAAGUUUGUGUAGAUGUUGGCUGUGGGACUGGAAUUGCAACUUUUCCCUUAUUGAAUUAUUUUGCCAAGGUAAUUGGAACGGAUCCCUCAGCUACGAUGCUCGCCACGGCCGGCCAAUUGAAACAAAAUCUUCAAGUCGACCUUCAAGACAGAACUGAAUUUUUACAAUCGUCUGCAGAGAAUGUUUCAGAUGUAUGUAACGAUAGUUCUGUUGACCUUAUUACAGGUGCAGAAUGUAUCCACUGGGUAGAUCAUCCAAAGUUUUUUGAUGCCGCGUUCAAGGCUUUGAAGCCCGGAGGAACCCUGGCCUACUGGUUUUACGUUGAGCCAAUUUUUUUGGACUAUCCUAAAGCCAACAAGAUUUUUCAAAAGUAUAUUCAUGAUGACCCUCUUUACUUGGGUCCUCUUUGGAAGUUCGGCAUGAAAAAACAUCUACGGAGUUUUGGUCUUACAAUUGAGAUUCCGGCUAAUAAAUUUGAAGACAUUGAAUCACACGUCUAUAUCCCACUUGAAAGUCCAAAAGAAACCGAAUUCAUGAUCAGAAAGGAGGAAUACACAGCAAAUGAUCUCUGCAGCUACGUCCAAAGCUUCAGCGCAUAUCACUCAUGGCAGCAAGAGCAUGGCAAAGAUGGUAAAGACGUUGCACGAAUGCUCAUUGACGAAAUCACUAAAGAAUGCCAGUGGACACCUGAUCAAAGACUCAGAGUUGAAUGGGGAACCAGUUACUUCCUAGCAAGAAAAAAGAAGAACGCCUAUUGA